AUGCUGUUCAUUAUUAUUGGAAAUGCACUUGCAUCAGUUUUGGUAGAGACUGUCGUCCUUGAUAUGAUACUCUGGAAGCUUGUGUUCAACCGAGACAAGCAGGGAGAGUCCCACCUCAUGGUCACCCACCCCCCACAGGAAGCCAAUGAUCAUUGGGGAGGACGACUCUGCUCAUUUUUGUGUUUCUGCAGAAAAAAGAUGCCCAAAGCCAAAUACAUGCACUUAGCACAGGAACUUUUGGUGGAUCCAGAUUGGCCACCUAAGCCAAGAACAACUACUGAAGCGAAAAGUUCUAUCCAAGAAAAUGGCAGCCACCAUAUUGUC